AGGAGUUCGUUUUGCAAAUUAAACGCCUAUCCUUUACCUUGCCUCUCAAAUUAUUGUAGAUUUUAUUCCAAUGUCUACAUAUGCAGCUCUGUGUUUUCUUUCAUGCCUAUGCUCAUGAGCUGUAAUUUUUCUACCUUUGUUCGAUAUAUCCACCAGUUUCCGUUGCUAUCCAGAAGUGGAUUACUAGAAAACAUUAUUGGAGAACUUUCUAGCGAGGAUGAUCAGAAAUGCAUGGUGCAACUGAAUGACAUUCCAGGUGGAGCCAAAAUUUUUUUGCUGGUAGCCAAAUUUUGUUACGGUGUAAGAAUAGAACUGAACGCGUUGAAUGUAGUUAGUGUAAGGUGCGCUGCUGAGCAUCUUCGCAUGAGUGAAGAAUAUGGAGAGGGAAACCUCAUCACACAAGCGGAGGAUUUUCUAAACGAAAUCUUCAGCAAUUGGAGUGACUCCAUUAAAGCACUUGAAACCUGCGAAGAGGUCUUGCCUCAUGCAGAAGAGCUUCAUCUUGUUUCGAGAUGCAUCAAUUCAUUGGCAAUGAAAGCGAGUGCCGAUCCAGGUUUAUUUAGUUGGCCUGUGUCGGGAAAGAAGGCCUUGCAGAGCUCAGAGGGUGCGGUGUUUUGGAAUGGAAUAUGCACGACAGCAAAGCCACAUCCAGUCAGUGAAGAUUGGUGGUAUGAAGAUGUCUCAUUUCUUAAGUUUCCAUUUUUCAAGAGGCUGAUUCGAGCAGUUGAAUUAGGAGGCAUGAACCAAGAGAGGAAGGCUGGCUCCAUAAUGCACUAUGCAAAGAGGCACCUUUCCUUGUUGGGUAGGCAAUCGAGUUUCCAUAAUGGAAAUCGUGCUGCCCCGUUAUCAACUGUUCCUGCUGCAUCUGAUGGAGAGCAAAUGACUCUCCUUGAGGAGAUUGUGGGAUUACUUCCUGAUCAGAAGGGCGUUGUGCCAACGAACUUCCUGCUUAGGCUUCUCCGAACAUCUAUGAUUUUGCAAGCUAGUGCAUCAUGUUGUGAGAGCUUAGAGAAACGAGUUGGGGCUCAAUUGGAUCAAGCAGCUCUUAAAGAUCUUCUGAUACCAAACAUGGGGUACUCAGUGGAGACCCUAUAUGAUAUUGACUGCAUUCAGCGGAUUCUUGACCACUUCAUUCUCAUGGACCGCGAUUCGAUUGAUUAUACUUCUAGCUGUAUUGUUGAUGAGGGCGCUUCUCAUUCGCUGACUGCAAUAACCUCGGUGGCUAACCUGAUUGAUGGAUAUCUGGCUGAAGUUGCACCUGAUGUUAACUUGAAACAGCAGAAAUUUCAGUCGCUAGCUGCUGUUAUCCCGGAAUAUGCCAGACCAUUAGAUGAUGGAAUUUAUCGCGCCAUUGAUUUAUACCUCAAGGCCCAUCCUUGGCUGACAGACUCCGAGAGGGAACAAAUCUGCCGGCUCAUGAACUGCCAGAAGCUCUCAUUGGAAGCCAGCACGCACGCAGCGCAGAAUGAGAGGCUACCGCUUCGCGUCAUCGUCCAAGUUCUAUUCUUCGAACAGCUUCGCCUGCGCACAUCAAUUUCCGGUUGGUUCUUUGUAUCUGAGAACCUCGAGAUCUCACAAAACCAAAGUAGAAAUCUUGCGCUUGCUCGAAAUGAGGCACCUGCUCAAGCUAGCACUGUGCGGCGUGUGCGCGAUCAUUUUGUAACAGUUGAUGACAUGAGGGAACGAGUUUCGGAGCUCGAGAAAGAGUGCUUGAGCAUGAAGCAAGAGAUUGAGAAGCUGGUGAAGACAAAGGGGAGUUGGAACACAUUCUUGAAGAGGUUUGGUUUGAGGCUCAAGUUAAAAUCUGAUGCAGAAAAGCACGCAAACCCUGCAAUAAUUCCAAAGAACAACCAACAUCCAUAGGUCCACCAGUGAAUGGAAAACAAAAUUAUGAAAAUUAUGAAAAUAAUAAAUUAAGAGAUUGAUAUUUAAAAAAAC